AUUCAUAGACGGGGGGCUAUUGCGUUUUCCAUACUACUCAUCACUCCAAUUGCGGUGGAUGUAAUUAGCGGGUAAAUCAUGUCGGGUUUGAAUCCGGGAGCGGCGCCAUACUUGCCGGGGCUGUUCCGGGCGGUGGAGGACUACUCGCCGGAGUGGUGGGAGCUCGUCGGGUCGUCACCGUGGUUCUGUGACUACUGGCUCCGCGACCGCUUCCUCGACCCCGAAAAUGCCCCUGAUCCGACCGAUAUUUACGACUCCGCCAUCCCCGACGACCUCCACGCCUUCUUCUUGGAUCAUGAUGUUGAUGAUACGGAGGAGGAAGAGGACGGAAAAGGAGGAAAGAGGCGAAAGGAGAUGGUGGUUUGCGGGGCGGAGAAGUGGCGGAUGUCGCGGCGGAGGGCGCAGGCGGCGAGAUAUGGAGAGAAAGCCCCUAAGAUUGUGAAGAUCGUGAGAGUGAGUCCGAGACCGAUUCAACAGCCCAAGUAAAACGAAUCGAGCAGAGUCAACUCACCGAGUCAUGGAACGUGUGUGCGUGUGGGGGCGGAGUUGUAUUAAUGUGGCAUGUAUUUUGUCUUUUGUCUUUUUCUCUUUUCUUUUCCUUUUUUUUCGGUUAAGCUAUUAUCUAGCUUGUAUGGUUUGUAAAUUAACAUGGAAUAAGAAAAUAAUGGAGUUCCCCCAUCUCUCUC